UAGAUCUUCCAUUGGUCUAUUUAGUGUGGUCUGGCCAUGUGGGGAGAUCUGCAUUGGCUGUCGCUCUCUCUGAAAAUCGUAUCAGUUAUGACAAUCGGAGGCUCGAUUACACUCAGAGUUCCAAUGACGAUGUAAUAGUCAGCUUAAUGGCUGGAUCACCUUUGCAGGUAUAUAUUGUGCUGUUCCUCCAGUUCAGUAAUAUCCCUCCACACUUCUCUAACACAUCUCAACUUCACAUCUGCACUUAAUCCGAUAAAGAAAAAUGAGGUUUUCAUACAUUUCCGCCCUGUUGUUGGCGCCUCUUGCACUUGCGCACCCUAUUGCAAGCUCAGAUACUCUUUCAAUCAACCAGCGUGAUGGCUCUGCUCCCAUUGAUGCAAGAGCACUGUCUGUCAGUCAAAAAAUCACUAAGGUUGUAGACGAGGGUCACAAAGUCACAGAAAUGUGUCAAAAGUACCACGGUGGAAUGUUGGAGUCCAUCUACCUAUACAGACAAUUCAAGACUUGCAAAAUUUCGGUUGCGUCUGCCGAAGAGGCAGCGAAACAAUCGGGACCUUUGAGUGAGGGUGAGAGUAAAGAGGUUAAAGUUGCUUUGGAACGCCUUACACCCGAAUUCGUGCAGAUUUCGCAAGCUCUCCAAGAACGCGUAAGUAUUUCCCUCUCUCUUUCACAAUUUCCAUCGCUCCCAUGACGCACUACGGUGUGAUGAAUAUCUGAACGCAGUGCUAAUGAAUAUAACAGAAAAGUAUGAUUAUCGGUACACGAUACCAAUCUUACUUCCAAUCGGAACUUGAAAAAUUGCAAAAGAACGUAGAUGGUUGUUACGGCGCUCUCCAUGAAAAAGCCACGAGUUCUCACCAACCAAGGAUUCAAGCGUUGAAAAGUGAAGCUGAUGCUCAGUUCGAAACCGUAAGGAAAGAACUUUCUGGCAAAUCUAAGGUCCGACGAUCUCUGGAAUCCAGAUCGGAUAAUGACGAUUCUGAAGUCCAUGCCGAGGAUUUCCCAUUACCAGGUCUCUCAGGAUUUCCAGGUCUCUCAGAAAUUCCAGGUUUCUCUGAGUUUCCCGGUCUCUCAAAACGUCAAGCUACUGGAAAGAGAUAUACAGAAGAGUCUAUUGAGGAAGCUUGCGAAAAAGGGUUCGAGUACGUUUCUACCAUAUUCCAUGGCUUCUUCUCCUCCUCAAAGAUGGGUGAAUAUGAGGCUAUGCUCCUUCCCCUUAUGACGGGAACUACAGUCGCACAAGUCAUGGAAAUGUUCAAUCUCUUAGAGGAACUGGUGGAAACUCAAUAUGCCAACUACGAGACUGAGCGUGCUCAUGGCGUCCAGAGUAAGGAGGCCGUCAAAGAUCUGCUUCAUGGGCUUAUGGGUCAGGUCACAAGUGUUUCUGCGGCCAAGCAACGUCUUGGAGUUCCUGAGCCGAAGCAAGGGAGCGAGUAAUGUGGAGCUGGGAGCAGGUGCAUCU